AUGUACAAACCACCACCCUCACUCCUCUCCAGAUCUAUCCCUGUUUAUCAUCUUACAGCAUCCAAUACGUCUUUAGGGAAAACAAUCUUCUCAACACUUCUAUGUCGACAACUUCUAGCCAGGAAACAAAUCCCCUAUUAUCUAAAGCCAGUUUCCACCGGACCAUUAAAUGAGGCUGAUGAUGGACAUAUUGGAAGAUUUGCAAAGGGAACGAGAAUCGAAUGUUUGUUUAGGUAUGGGGAGGCUGUCAGUCCACAUCUAGCGGCAAGGGGUGUAACGCCACCAAAUGAUCACGAGAUUGUCACAGCAAUCUCUGAACAAGUUCAGAAAUGGACGAGAAGUAAUAAAGAAGGACAGGAAGGGAUGAUUCUAGUGGAAGGUGCUGGUGGCGUACAUUCACCAACACCGUCUGGCACAAGUCAGGCUGAUGCAUUAAGACCUUUGAGAAUGCCCGUAUUUCUUGUUGGUGAUCCAAAAUUGGGUGGAAUUUCCGCAACAAUUAGUGCUUGGGAGAGUUUGCAUCUUCGAGGUUAUGAUAUUGACUCGGUAUUGAUAUUCCGGGAAGAAAAGUAUGGAAAUCAUGCAUACCUUUCAAGAUAUUUUCAGGAACGAGGUAUAGAUACAACAGUUAUUCCCUCGCCACCAAAUCAGAUCCCAAAUCUACAGGAAGAUGAAGAAUCCAUGACCUCCUACUACUCAAGUGUUGCUCAGUCCGGCGAGAUUGAAGCGUUACUACAAUCUUCUCGUCAACGAAACAUAUCACGAAUCGAAGAAUUGAAACAAAUGACCGCAAAAGCUCACAAAACAAUCUGGUAUCCAUUUACCCAAAUGAAAGAUCUUUCACCCGAUAAAAUCCUCCCUAUCGACUCCGCAUAUGGAGAUUAUUUCCAAACUCUAUUGAGCCCUGAUACAAGCGAAUCCACACCUCAAAUGCCAACCCAGGAUAAUCUCCUCACACCCACAUUGGACGGUUCAGGAUCAUGGUGGACCCAAGGUCUAGGGCACGGGAACCCUGCCCUUUCCCUAGCUGCAGCAUAUGCAUCCGGUCGCUAUGGCCACUGCAUCCUCGCAUCCACCAUUCACUCACCCGCCCUAAAGCUUGCCAGCCAUCUCCUCGCCAACCUCAAGAAUCCCCGUUUAUCCCGCGUCUUCUACUCGGAUAAUGGAAGUACCGGUAUGGAAGUUGCUAUGAAAAUGGCAUUGACCGCUUCUGUCAAACAUUAUGAAUGGGGAUAUGAUCAAAGAAAGAUGAGAGAAGUGGGGAUUAUAGGAUUGAAAGGUAGCUAUCAUGGAGAUACCAUAGGAGCUAUGGAUCUAAGUGAAAAAAGUGUUUAUAAUGAAAAGGUGCAUUGGUAUCGGGGAAGAGGACUGUGGUUUGACGUACCAAAAGUUUGGAUGAAGGAUGGAAAAUGGGUUGUCUAUGAUAGAACUGGUGAGAUCAUUGAGGAGACAUUUGACGAUUUGGAAGAUGUCUUCUGUCGCCAAAGAGAUAACAGCAGAUUGAGGAAAGAGUAUAAACAACAUAUUUUAAAGACUUGUGAACAGGCAAGGUCGAAAGGAAUGAGAUUCGGUGCAUUAGUUCUGGAGCCAAUAAUCCUUGGUGCUGGCGGUAUGCUAUUUUGCGAUCCUCUCUUCCAACGGACCCUGACAGACUGCGUCCGCGAAACCCCCGGUCUCUUCGGUUUAGCGAACAAAUCUUCCACGGACUCACCACUAUCCCCAACCCAAUGGACUGGUCUCCCUGUCAUCCAUGACGAAGUCUUCACAGGCCUCUAUCGUCUCGGACACUUUAGUCCCUCCACGCUCCUCGGCACCAACCCUGAUAUCUCCGUGCACGCCAAACUCCUAACCGGAGGUCUCUUACCCCUUUGCACAACAGUUGCCAGCGAAAGUAUCUACGAAGCAUUUCUUGGUGAUGAGAAAAAGGAUGCGUUAUUACAUGGUCAUAGUUAUACUGGUCAUGCAAUCGGAUGCGAAGUCGCGAGGGUAGGACUGGAAACUAUGGCGAAAUUCGAUAGCGAGGUGGAAGGAAAUUGGGAAGGAUUUAAAAAUGAUUGGGGUGUGAAUACAACGACCCAAUCAGAGAUAACAGAGUCGAAGAAAAUACAUGCAAAAGCACAAGUUUGGAGUAUAUGGAGUAAAUCCUUUGUAACCUCAAUCUCGCACCUGAAGUCGGUAGAUGGAGUUAUUGCGUUGGGUAGCGUAUUGGCUAUCACAUUAAAGGAUGAGAAGGGAGGAGGAUAUACGUCGAGGGUUACGGAGGUAGUGAGGGAUAAAUUGGGAGGUGGUGGUGAUGUGGAGGGGGAGUCGAAUGAAUGGAAUAUCCAUGCGAGGAUAUUGGGGAAUGUCGUUUAUCUCAUGGGUAGUCAGGUCAUGACUGCGGUACAAGUUAAGAGUAUUGAGGAGAGAUUGGGGGGCAUAUUGGGGUUGUAA